AUGGAUAUCAUGAUAUUGACAAGUGUCGGCGUCCAAACCGUUUACACGGCAAUCCUCGUUUUCAAACAGUCAAUGAUGGAUUAUACGCCAGUUAGUUCAGCCUCUGAAGAUUACUACAACAAGAGACCUGACUGUUUAUGGCUUGAGAGUGAAUGGAGAAUGAUCUUGAACGCUAUGGAAGAGUUACCAUUUGACGAUGAUAUCGUCAUGAAGGAUUCUGACGACGAAUCCAUAGCGUCAACAAUCAACACCGAACAUGAUUCGGAGGAGCCAUUCAACGUCUCUGCUGUUCUAGCGGCAUGGGAAGUUGAAGGGAGCUUACGGUACCUGAUUGAGUGGGAAGGCUAUGAUUUGUCCGAAGCCACCUGGGAACCCCGAGAGAAUCUGAACGACAUAAUCAUCGAGGAGUGGGAGGAAACAAAGGCACAGCCAGGUUAUGACCUUUAUCAAAAAAUCCGAGAGUGGAAGAAAGCUUGGAAGGCUUCUUACGCCGAAAAGCGCGCCCGCCACGACAAGAGAAACCGACGACGAAUGCUUCGAGGAGAGAAGCCCCAUUCAUUCCAGUACAUGAGCGGGUCAUUGGAAUGGGUCAACGGAUUUCCAGAUGGACCGGACUUCAGUGCCUCUGCAGUAUCAAGUCCAUCCGUUGCAGACGGCGAUUCGGAUGCUGGAGUGGGACAACCUCUUCGCCCCUUGUCUGAAAAACGGAAACUCUCAGGCGCCAACCCAAGCGAAGAUCGCUCGCCUAGUACCAGCCGUCGUAACAGUACAUUAUCUGCCUCCAAGUUUCCCCUUGCUCGGGUAGAUUCCACCGCUUCGUCGACCAGUCACAGUCAUACGCAAGUGGCACGGGAACGUCCAAACGACGGCUAUCCAGCAAAUAAGCCGUUGACUAAAAACCCAGUACCAAAGAGCCAUAUUCUUGCAAAAUUCGGCCGCCCUGCAUUGACCAAACGUACCGACGCUGGAACAGGCAGGGGGCAACUAACAGCUCGCAAGACUCAAACCACGCAAGCCUUUACUGGCAAUGUAUUUGCGGGAGGAAAAGAAAGAAAACGGCGCACGACUCUUGCCGAAGCCGUAAAAGAUCCAACGAAAAUACCCAAAUUUUUCAACUAUCAUCAAAAAAGGCUUGUCGAAAAGGCAGGCCGCGAUCGAGACAGUGCUGCCCCACUAAUGAUGCCCUCCAACCUCAUUUCCUUGAACCCAGCAGAGCGGAAUGUAGAGGCACCGAACAUCCCAAAUCUUGGAGCCAGUACAAACGAUAGCCCAGCAGGCGAUAGCGCCAAACGUGUUUGCCAACAUGCCGGUUCACUUCAAGCCCCCGGUCAGAAGUCACAGACCAAGCCCAAGAACUCUAUUAGCUGGGGGACGGUCGAAAAGAUAACUUUCCAAGAACGGACAGGGUCUGACAGGGAACGUAGUCUCUUCUUACGUGAGGAUACUGUUCCUCCAGAGGCUCCAUGGGUUAUGAAAGAAGAAUGGGAUAUUGAUACACUGCCUGCCGAAGACCCUUCUCCAGCCCCAACGAUUCAGCCAAAGGCCUCCACAACUCAGCUCAAAGUACUAAACGAUCGGACUCGUGGGAACGAUUAUGUUGAUCAACGGGAUGCAAAUCCUUCGAAUAGAACGAUCAGCAUAGACGUACAAUUUGGUCCAGGCACCCGGGAAAUCAUUCCAGUGAUCUUCCAGAGACGUGAGCCUCAGAACGAACUAUCUUGGCCUGCGAUAUUUGAGAAUAUGCCCACAUUGAUAUUCUCACACACUUGCAUGGCUCAGGAUUUCCUGUCCCAGGAGAAAUUCCUGGUUGCCGACAAGUUGGGCAAUGGCCUGGUGCCGCAAGCACAAGCACAAGCACAAGCACAGGCCCAGACGGCCGCAACUGUCGAACCCCCUUCACUACAGUACUAUCUAUUUCGACCAGCUCCUCACUUUACCACCCGCUCGCUCGCUCCAGUCAUACUCCCAGAGGGCCUCGAUACUGGAAAGCUACUGCCAAAAAUGACAUUGACGGUCUUUGAACGCAUGCUAGGGUUUCGGUAUGAGCAGCUAUUGACAGAGGAAGCCCUCGUGAAGCCCCCCGGCAAGCACAUGUUCUUUCUUGCGUUUCCAGGUAACACCGUUCAAGACGCUCAGUUUCUGGACAGAUGGAUCCGAAACUGUAAUCCUAAGUGUAGGAUCUUUUAUUCAUCCAUCCCUGGAGAUUGGCAGAAAUUUGUGCGGCAAGAGAAUGGGGUGGUCAUCAUCCACGAGGAAGCGAUUUGGUCUAUUCGAUUGUUUCCCCACGUCAACAAGUUGCUCUACCCAUCGAGCAAGUUCAAUUUCGUACUCUUUUCGAAAUCUCUGCAACCUUCACCCUUAUAUCCCUCACUCGCGCAGCCAUGUAGAGCCGGAGACGUGACAUUGCAGCCUCUCGGUGGAGAGAGAAGGGCCGCGAUACUGGUCACACCUAGCUUUAUCAUUUCACAGCCACAACAAAUUUGGAAUUUCUUCAAGUGGUUUUACAAGGCCUGGAAGAAUGCUCGCAGUCACUUUUCACUUGUCGUUUGCGCUGGCUUUGAUGACUGGCUUCUCGAGAUAGCUGCUGAGAAAGAGAAGGCCUGGUCGCGUUUGACCAACCGGCUUCGGGAUGAUCAAAAAGAACGGUUUACUAAAGAAGUUGAAGGGCUAUACAAGGUCAAAGAAUGCGUUCGAAAUCUUCAAGACAUGUCAAGUGAAGAGCAGCCCGGAAUCAUCCUGGGUCCAGAAUUGAUCGACAGGAAUGACGAGCAGAGUCUGGUCAAUUGGUUCGGUUGGUGGUCUGUCAUAAAUCUGGAUCGAUACCGGAGGUUCACUGUUAUUGGGUCCAGCACGACGAAUGUUGGGAGACUUACGUACUGCACCACCAGGCCUGAUUUUAUUACUUCCAGCUCGUUACAAGACGUCGAGCGAAUCGAAGCACUGCUAUUUGAAUCAGAAGCGCAACAUAGAUUCCAAAUGGUUCCUGAUGACACUAGCGUGUCGUUAGAAAACUAUUUGAACAGGUUAUCUAAUCGAAAUCGGAAACAAUACAAUUUGGCAAUUUACACACGGCCUGUUAGCUGCUGGGACGAAGCGGCGUCCGGCGUGCAUCCCGACGACUUUGGAACUUACAGCGACUGCAUUCAACAGUUUAAAGAUAAGAUAGCACGCCGUACUGCUAAGACCGUUGUGGUAUUGUGUUACACGGUGGCGGAGAAGUCGAGUCGUGGUGGAGCACUGAGAGAUGUCGGAAGAAAGCGACGGCCGUGGUUUGUUGUAUACAGGCCCAUGAACCUCCAAAUGCUCCAUUGGAAGGAGGCAGAGCUUAUCAUCUGGGACCCUCUUGCAAAGAGAGCAUUUCACGAUGAUACAGAUAUGUAUGAGGGAGAUCUCAUCGAAGCACAGCGGAUAAUGAUACAAAAACUUCGUAGAGAGCACGACAUGUUGCCGCUCAACCGCAUCUGGAUCGGAGGGUGGGAUACUGACCGGUCAUCCUCGGUCGAUCCUCUUGAUACCACACUCCAAAAUUUGGAGAGGUUGUUGCUGGAUUGGAGGAAUAACGUUCCCAUACCGGUGCCUGCCAUGUGGAACAAGGGGUGGAAAUGGGUUCAGAGAGGACAUGCGCCUUUCCAGCCGCGAACACGGUCUCCUUCCCCGGAACCAAUGGACGUCGAUACUGCACCGGAAGCGACUGACACUGACACGGUAGAUGAAGUGUCAAAAAUAGUAUUUGACCCCCCUCGAGCGAUGAAGCCGAACGGGAAAAUGGCCUGCAAAAACAGGUUCUUUCAAUCUUGCAUGUAUGAAAAGGUUCGUGGGGCUCCGAAAGGCGCUUUAGAGUACCGGUUUGAACCAACAAUGCAAUGGUACAGGCGCCAGUUUGAGGAAGGCAGUGGGUUCGAGCACAUAAAUUUUAUGACGUGGGAGGAGGUCUUUGCAAAGUACAAGAUCGAGGACCCUAAGGAGGUUCGACGUGAUGUCAGAUGA